UAUAAGCGCUGAGGCGGCGCUGGGGCGAGCGGAGCGCAGGGCGCAGGGGCUGGACCGAGCGCUGGGCGAGCUGAGCUGGAGAGUCCUUUGUGCCGGGCGGCCGCCCCGGGAUGCGUCCGAGCUAGGAGCCAGGUUCAGGAUGGGGGCCACAUCUGUCUGGGUCUCAGGCCUCCUGAUGCUGCAGAUGCUGCUGUUUGUGACCGGGAAUCAGGGCACACAGGAGGCCACCGCUGCUGCCAUUGAGAAGGGGCUCCACAUGCAGAAGGUGGGGUCUGGGUCGGUGCGGGCUGUGCUGGCAGAGCUGGUGGCCCUGCCCUGUCUCUUUACCCUGCAGCCACGGCCGGGUGCAGCCCGAGACAUCCCUCGGAUCAAGUGGACCAAGGUGCGGACGGCAUCGGGCCAGCGACAGGACUUGCCCAUCUUGGUGGCCAAGGACAAUGUGGUGCGGGUGGCCAAGGGAUGGCAGGGCCGAGUGUCACUGCCCUCCUAUCCCCGGCGCCGAGCCAAUGCCACGCUGCUCCUGGGGCCACUGAGGGCCAGCGACUCCGGGCUCUACCGUUGCCAGGUGGUGAGGGGCAUCGAGGAUGAGCAGGACCUGGUGCCCCUGGAGGUGACGGGUGUUGUGUUCCACUACCGGGCAGCCCGGGAUCGUUAUGCGCUGACCUUCGCUGCAGCCCAGGAGGCCUGCCGUCUCAGCUCAGCCACCAUUGCAGCCCCUCGGCACCUGCAGGCUGCCUUCGAAGAUGGCUUUGACAACUGUGACGCUGGCUGGCUCUCUGACCGCACUGUUCGGUAUCCCAUCACCCAGUCCCGUCCCGGUUGCUAUGGGGACCGUAGCAGCCUUCCAGGAGUUAGGAGUUACGGGAGGCGAGACCCACAGGAACUCUACGAUGUGUACUGCUUCGCCCGUGAGCUGGGAGGCGAGGUCUUCUACGUGGGCCCCGCCCGCCGCCUGACGCUGGCCGGUGCGCGCGCCCAGUGCCGCCGCCAGGGCGCAGCGCUGGCUUCGGUGGGACAGCUGCACCUGGCCUGGCACGAGGGUCUGGACCAGUGCGACCCAGGCUGGCUGGCCGACGGCAGCGUGCGCUACCCGAUCCAGACGCCGCGACGGCGCUGCGGGGGACCCACCCCCGGCGUGCGCACCGUCUACCGCUUCGCCAAUCGCACCGGCUUCCCGGCGCCGGCUGCGCGCUUUGACGCCUACUGUUUCCGAGCUCAUCAUCCCACUCCACAACAUGGAGACCCAGAGACCCCCUCAUCUGGGGAUGAGGGGGAGAUUCUGUCAGCAGAGGGGCCUCCAGCCGGAGAGCUGGAGCCCAAACUGGGGGAGGAAGAGGUGGGGGUCCCUUCUGACUUUCAAGAGCCUCUGGUCUCCAGUGGGGAAGAAGAAGAGCCCCUAUUCUUGGCAGAGAAUCAGAAGUCUCAAGAGACCCCCAGCUCAACCCCGGGUGACUCUGCACUGGCCUCAUGGCCCACCGAGGCAGUGUGGCCAAGCACUGUGGCUCCCAGCCCCAGCAGAAUGGGGGCAGCCACUGCAGAGGCUUUCCACACGGAGGUGGCCUCGACAGUCCCCACACCCAAGAGGAGAGGGCGUUUCAAAGGGUUGAAUGGACGCCACUUCCAGCAGCAGGAACCAGAGCGAGGGCUGGAGGGGGAGCUCAAGGACGGUGCCCAGCCCUUCACCCCAGCUGGGAAUCAUGUGGAGCCUCCCUUGGUCACAGAGGCCUCGGGAAAUGGCCAGAGCCAGACUCCUUGGGCCAUUCUGACCAACGAGGUGGACAUGCCUGGAGCAGGUUCCUUUGGUGGCAGGAGCCCCCCAGAGCCCUGGUUGUGGCCCCCAACUGUGAUCCAACCCAGCAUCCCAGGCCCCAGCGGGACCCCUGACCUGAAGCUAGAGGGAGCCAAGGCCCCCAGCAUGAAGCCAGCCACCUCCAACCUGUCAUGGUCUCCCUCGGAGUCCACUGUCCCAACCUCCAGCCCCUCAGAAGGCUCCCCCGCUGCCCAUUGGGAGGCAUUCCCCACAGCCACCUCCCCAGACCUCCCUGUCAUGGCCAUGCUGCGUGCCCCCAACCUGUGGCUCGUGUCACACUCUACUCCUGUGUCCUCUGAAGCCACUGAGGUCAAGGGCCAUGGUGAGGCCAUGACCACUACCCCACCCUCUGCAGCCUCAGGGACCAAAGUGUAUUCCCUGCCCCCCUCUUUGAGCCCAACAGGUCAGGGUGGAGAGGCCACAGCCAUGACACUCAGCAGCCACGGAGAAGGAAGUCCCAUUGCCCCCUCGACGGCAGCUAUGGUCACACAAGCUGGAGCCAGCCCUGACUCCCCUGGGACAGACUUUGGAGACAUUGAAGCGAUCAGCCCCACUGAGCUCAGCCAAGCUGAGUACCCCGGGUCCAGCCCAUGGGCAUCUAUGGACAGGAAUGUGACGGUGGAUUUCGUCACCGAGAUUGCCGGUGAGCCCACAGAUGUCAGAGGUAUCUCAGGAUCUGAAGCUGGGGUCUUCAUCAACACUGCAGAAAGCCCCACGUCCAGCUUGCACACCUCUGGUCAUGAGGUGCUGGGCUCCUGGCCCUCUCCGCCGGACACCAGCUCCCCAUCUGCACCUGCAGCGGGCCGUGGCAUCUUCUCGGUGUCUGAAGUCAUCCCUGGUUUGGAGCCUUGGGCAGCUGCAAGUGGAAGAGCCCCUGGAGGUCCCAGAGAUUCCACAGUCUCGCUGGCCCCCAGUGGUGGAAUUUGGGAGUCUGGAUCCCACGUGGUUGAAGGAGCUGAAAGCCCCACCUUGAGCCCUUCGGUGGCCGUAGAUACCAGCACAGCAACGUCCCUUACAUCUCCAGACCAGGGAGCCAAGAUUGGGGUCCUGGAUAUGUCCACACUGCCCUCCUCAAGUUCCCAGCCCUACCCAGAGCCAGAGGACCAGAUGGUGGGCCAGGGAAUGGUGGGACCUUCAGCUCCUCCGCCUCAGGGCAGUCCCCCCAGAGAGCCAGCCCUUCCCCCAUGGACAACCACUGUGGCCGGCCUGGAAGAAGCUGCUUCUGUUGCCUCGGGGGAACCUGCCGCUCCCUGGGACUCCCUGAGCACCCUGCUGCCCAUCUCCCUGGGCACAGAGGAGGCUGAUCUGCAGAUCCUGGACGGGAGCCCAGGUGUGGAGGGUUUCUGGGAGGAAGCAGCAAGUGGAGAAGAGCCGGCCCUGCCAGGGACCCCUGCAAAUGGGAGUGCUGAGGGGGAUCCAUGUGAAAACAACCCUUGCCUGCAUGGGGGGACGUGUAACGCCAACGGCACCAUGUAUGGCUGUAGCUGUGACCAGGGAUUCGCCGGGGAGAACUGUGAGAUUGACAUUGAUGACUGUAUCUGCAGCCCCUGUGAGAAUGGAGGCACCUGUAUCGAUGAGGUCAAUGGCUUUGUCUGCCUUUGCCUCCCCAGCUAUGGGGGCAGCCUCUGCGAGAAAGAUACAGAAGGCUGUGACCGUGGAUGGCACAAGUUCCAGGGCCACUGCUACCGUUAUUUUGCCCAUCGGCGGGCAUGGGAGGAUGCAGAGAGGGACUGCCGCCGGCGGGCUGGCCACUUGACCAGCGUCCACUCAGCUGAGGAGCACAAUUUCAUUAACAGCUUUGGGCAUGAAAACACGUGGAUCGGCCUGAACGACCGGAUCGUGGAACGGGAUUUCCAGUGGACGGACAACACGGGGCUGCAAUAUGAGAACUGGCGUGAGAAUCAACCGGACAACUUCUUCGCGGGUGGCGAGGACUGUGUGGUGAUGGUGGCGCAUGAGAGCGGUCGCUGGAAUGACGUUCCCUGCAACUAUAACCUCCCUUAUGUCUGCAAGAAAGGCACAGUGCUGUGCGGUCCCCCUCCAGCAGUGGAGAAUGCCUCACUUGUGGGUGCCCGCAAGGCCAAGUACAAUGUCCAUGCCAUUGUACGCUAUCAGUGUGAUGAAGGAUUUGCCCAGCACCAUGUGGCUACCAUCCGGUGUCGGAGCAAUGGCAAGUGGGACCGGCCCCAAAUUGUCUGCACCAAACCCAGACGGUCACAUCGGAUGCGGAGGCACCAUCACCACCACCAGCAUCACCACCAGCAUCACCACCACAAAUCACGCAAGGAGCGCAGAAAACACAAGAAACACCCAGCGGAGGACUGGGAAAAGGAUGAAGGGAAUUUCUGCUGAAGAAUCAGGCAAAAGAAAGCACAGCCCCCUUUCCCACACCUGCUCUGGAGCUUCACCUGGGGAGACAGAGCCCAGAGAGAAACAAGAGGGUCUGGAAGUCCCUGAGCCCCAAGCCACACCCCCUACAUAUUAUCCUUUGUAAAAAGCUCCUCUCUCCUCUUUCGUACAUACACAAGGUCCUCUUGGCAGGUGUAGCCAUGUGUCUGAAGAGUCCAUUUUUGUCAGACUGAAAUCUGGGAGCAUCUCCCAGCUGAGGGAAGUGUAAUCGGCAAAGAUCAUUCUUUGCCUUGGUUCAGUCUUUUGUUCAUUGGGCUGAUUGCCAGUUGUUGAAAUAAGGCUUUGAUGAGAGUGCAAGAAUGUAUGUUUGGAUUCGAGCUCAAGGAUUGCUUUUCACACCAGAGAUUCAGGCUUAGUAAAUGGUUGGUUGUCCUAAAUCCAGGGUGAAGCCUUUGCUUAAGGUCACCAGCUUUAGGAGUAGAAGGCUAAACAGAAGCACACUGUUUGAACUUGAUGACUGUUCUUCCUUCACCUUGGACUUCAGCCCAAGUUCGGUCUUUGGUGUUGGUGUGUAAACAUAGUGUGGAAUUCCCAUGUAUUGAAUUUUAAGAGUAUUUUUAGAAAAACCACCCUCCAUGCCCUCAGAGUUUUGGGGGAGGAUAUUCACAGCAAUAUGUAGAGCCGGAGGGAAAGUGUAUUGCUUACCCUCCCAGGUCUAGUCCAGGGCUGAGAUUUGGUGGUUUUGCAUGUGUGAUGAAUCUCUCACACACAAAUGAGAGGAUGUUUAGGGCUAGAUAAGCCCGGAUUUCUUCCACCUCCAUCUCUCAGGGAGACAAAGAACCUCCUUCCUGGACCAGGAAGGUGCCAAGUUUUCUAACCCAGUGCCCACAAAUACCCUUCCCUCAAGCAGACAUUGGUAGUAUCCCUGCCCUGGAUCCCAACCCUCCCAACCUCUUCCCCAUAUCCAGCCAUUGCCUGGUGGAAUAGAAAUGCUUAAAACUUGAAGUAUUGACACCUACCUACAGUCAUAUUGUAGAGAGAUGCACGGUGUUAAGACCGAAACACACAUACACACACAAACACACACAUUCUCACAUUUUUCUCUCAUAGUUUAAAAAUUUUUUUUUAAUGGGAAAGAACUCACCUAGCCUUCUGGCCUCAAAUCCAUAACCUCUUGAAGGCCUCACCAAGCCAGAUGCAAGACCCAGCUCCCUGAUCUCUGGCAGGAAAGAUUGCAACUUUUUCUCCAUGUCCAUUGUCCACUUUCAGUUCCUUCAGUCUGGGUAAAAAUCUGCAGAUUAGUGUAUUGGAAAAGGGCCUUGUGCAAGAAAGAAAUAUAAGCAAAUGCAUCGUCUACGUAGGGGCUCAGUAGAAAUAAAAUGUGUUAACUGAGCCUAUAUCCCUCCUGGGAAGUAAUAAGCAGAGUUGACAGCUAUGGAAGAGCAACCAUGCUAAGGACUUACACACUAUCUUGACUCUUCUCAACAGCUCAGUGACUUAGAAACCAUUAUUUUCUCAUUUUAUGUGACAAAACUGAGGUUCUUAAAUACAAGGGAAAGGCACACAAUUGAAGUCAUGGCCAAGACCAAAAGAAUGGUUUAGCCUGCUUCUGUCUGACUUCAAAUACUGCUUUCUACUUUGGGGAAAGACAGUGAAAACAUUCUCUUGUCUCUCUGUCUCUGAACUGGGGAUUGAACUCAGGGGCACUUAACCACUGAGCCAGCCCUUUUUUUAAUAUUUUAUUUAGAGACAGGGUCUCGCUGAGUUGCUUAGGGCCUCGUUAAGUUGCUGAGGCUGGUUUGAACUCAUGAUCCUCCUGCCUCAGCCUCCCGAGCCACUGGGAUUACAGGUGUGCAUCACCACACCUGGCUGUCUCUCUGUUAUACACACACACACAUACACACACACACUCAGAUUUAAGAAAUGGUUGAGAAGUAUAAUUUGGACCUUACCCUUGACCACAGUCUAACCUUCUCUGCUACAGACAUUAGUCACUGUUCCCUCUUAACGUUAUUGUUGAGAAAGCUCUAGUUUGUCCUCUUACUUUAAUAACACUUCUUGUUUUAAAAAAGAUAAUAAUAAUAAUAACAACACAUCUUCAGCCACCCACAUCGCAACAGAAUUAUCCUAUGUUUGGGGAGACUGGGGAUGCAACUUCUUGGGGGUCUCAUUGGUGCUCCCUACCCUUGGGCCUCUUUGCCCUCUGCACCCCCAGCUCCAUGGUGGAAGGGGGCUCUGGUCUUUUCUAAAGCGGGAGGUUUGUCUUUUGCUCUUUCCCUUUGGGAUGUGCGUGUGUGUUUGCGUGUGCCACAUGCGUGGCAUACGUGUGAAUGUGUGUGCGUGUGACUAGCUUUGGUUCUGCUGGUUUUGCUGUGAGCUACAGUGUUCUGUGGGUCUGUGAUAUCUGACACUGUGGACAUUAAUGUACUUCUUGGACAUUUUAAUAAAAGUUUUUUAACAGUUCA